AUGAAUUUGACAAAAUGGAUACCGAUUGUUCGGUAUCAUCUCAAACAGGUACUGUGUAAUGUGUUUGAAAGGGUUGUGCUUCCUACUUAUGGCAUUCGAUAUGUCCAAUUCCUGCUACUAUACACUAUAUCAAUAAAUCAGCAGUGUGCUGAUAGGAUAUUUAAUAACUUGUGGACAAUAACAGCUGGUCUCCACGGAUUAGGGCCUGGUGCCUUAACCACACGUAAGACUGCUGCCAGUCACUUAGCAGGUCUUCUUGCAAGAUGUGUGAGAGUUCCUAAUAGUAGACUAAUAGACUAUUUAAAGACUAUGGCAGAUUGGUGUCACGGGUACAUAACAGCAACGCAAGAGACCUCCGCUCACGACAACACUAAAGUACACGGUGCCUUCCAUGCAGUCUGUCACGCGAUAUUUUAUCUUGUUGCCUUCAAGAACCAUCAUCUAUUUAUGAGUAAAGAAUGUUUAAAUUUCGUCGAGUCCCUGAACCUUCCCCGUCUAGUAACCUGUCCUUUAAACCCUUUGCGGACAUGUCCUCCACAAGUGACCCAGGCCUUCGCAUCAGUCACCAGAUCUCACCAGGUGGUCUACUGCCAGUCUAUCAUUGAGAAAAAUCUUCGGUUCUCCUUACAUAAUGCUGUGCAAUAUGAUGAGUGGUUCCCGUAUGAUCCAUACACUUUACCAAUAUCAGGUAAAAAAAUAUGGCCGCUAUGCGUGGAGUAUAAGGACUGGUUGACAAAAGGUGACGACGAAACCCAGUUCAAGAGUUUAAAACGCAAAUUUGACGGUGAAGACGACGAUUUCCUACAAAUAACUCCCAGCCCCCGACAAAGACUGCCUAGCUCCUUAUCUAAUUGUAUAUCACCAGGGUUCAAAAGCAGUGACACUAGUAUGAUGUAA